GUUAUUGAGUUGUAAGCUCGUUACCGUCUCUCAUUUUCUGUUUAGAGACCUGUAUAUUUCUCCAGCAUUAUGGAUCUUUCAUAGAUUGAAUACUUAUCCACUUACAUACAUAGCUAACUUAGAGAUAGUCAAUCAUUUUCGUCACUUCAUUUCUCUCUGUGCCUCUCUCUAAUUUCCAACUUUGCGAACACCUAUCAUGGCGCGUACCAAGCAAGCCAAACCCGUCGAGCGCCAACCGUCAUCCGAAUACGUUACACGCCAGACAUCGACGCCCUCUAAGAAAGGAGGUAUUACCGCGCACCAAUCUAAUGGAGUUGCCAAUAAAUCGCUGCCAGCGCCGGCGCUGGCGAAGAAGGAUGCCGGCGUAGCGCAAUUGGUGGUUGCCGUCGCUGGUAUCUACGGUUCCUUCCUCACCUGGGCGUAUCUACAAGAGAAACUCACGACGACGCCGCACGGCGCGGCCGGGGCCACCGAGGUGUUCAAGUACCCGGUAUUCCUCAACACGAUCCAGUCGCUGUUCGCAGCGACGACAGGUGCUUUGUACCUAUAUGCCAGCACGCCUUCAGGCCAACCCAUACCGCCGGUUAUCCCAUCUCGCGCGAUCCUCGCACCACUACUACUCGUCGCGCUGACCAGCUCGCUCGCCAGCCCGUUCGGCUACGCCAGCCUCGCGCACAUCGACUACAUCACCUUCCUCCUCGCCAAGAGCUGCAAGCUGCUCCCCGUCAUGCUCCUCCACGUCACCGUCUUCCGCAAGCGCUACCCGCUGUACAAGUACCUCGUCGUCGCCGCCGUCACGGCCGGCGUUGCGGUGUUCACCCUGCAUUCCGGCAAGGCGCGCGGGAAGAAGGGUGGUGAGGUCGCCGGGAACAGUGUCUGGGGACUGCUGUUACUGGGUGUGAAUUUGUUGUUCGAUGGCUUGACGAAUAGUACCCAGGACUACAUCUUCGGCGCUUUUCAGCCGUACUCGGGACCCCAGAUGAUGUGCGCGAAUAAUCUUAUGAGCACCGCGGUUACGGCGGCGUAUCUGGUUCUUAGCCCGUGGCUCGUGCAUACGGGUGUUGGCGAGUGGCUUGGCAUGGACGUCGCGGGCGGCGCGGGGGAGCUGGAGGCUGCGCUCGGGUUCAUGGGGAGACAUCCGGGUGUUUGGGCUGAUGUGUUGGGGUUUGCGGCUUGUGGUGCUGUUGGUCAGGUUUUCAUCUUCUACACCCUAUCGACCUUCUCGUCGGUACUCCUCGUGACGGUAACGGUGACGCGCAAGAUGUUCACCAUGAUCCUCUCCGUCGUCGCCUUCGGCCACCGCCUUAGCCGCAUGCAGGUCCUAGGCGUCGGUCUCGUCUUCGGCGGCAUUGGCGUCGAGGCCGCCAUUGCACGUCAGGAGAAAUUGGCCAAGGAGGCGGCGAAGCGGAAGGCGGUCGCGGAGAAGAACGGGAAGGCCCAGUGAUUUUUUUUAACAAAAAAUCAUCUACUUUUAUUAUAUCUUAGGACUCAGCCGUUUGGUUUUCAUGUCGGCAGUAUUAUUAGUUAGUUCCAAUGAGUCGGCCGGAGGCAGCCCCCGUGUGUAUAUAGGAAGGGAAGGGACGGGGCUGGACCGCUGUUAUGUAAAUAUUGCUUUUAUAUCGUACGACUUGUCGACCUAAGCGAAUUACGUUACACGAGAAGGCGACGAAAAGGGGAAACGACAAAGCCACGGAGGUUUGCUAGAUAGUAGCAAGACUACAGAUAGAAACUCGAAUAAUGAGAAGACGGUUCCAAUA